UUCCACCUUUCUCGGGAUAGCGUCCUUGGCUGGACCCAGAAGGUUUGAGGCUCUGUGGCCCCAUCCUCUGGGGAAGUCAACUCCAGCAUCAUGAGAGGCGUCUUCAUUGCUGGUGUCAUCGCGGCAUUCGCCAUCACAGUUGUAGACUCCCUGAGUUGUACACAGUGUCAUGUGUUCAAUAGCACCUGUGAUGCCCAGGCCACCGAAUGCAGUGCGAACUCCUUGAGUUGUGUGGAGUCCUUUGUCAACUCCACUCUAGGAGGGUUCCUGCAUGUGUACCAGAACAAGUUCUGCUCUGCAUCCGAGUGCACCGAGAACAGCACGGAGGUGGCCUUCACUGUCCAUCUAUCUGAUGACCGAAGAUACCAUUUUGCAAGCCAUUGCUGCCAAGGAAAGCCCUGCAAUGUCACCCACUCUGAAUCCGGAACACAGAACUUAACUAACAUGCAGUGUGUGUCUUGCUAUGGUACAAACAAUGCAUCCUGCCAGGAGAAACCCCAGCUGUGUUACAAAGGAGAACAAUGUGUCCACAUCGUCUCGGAGCUGACAAAUGGCACGGGCAGAGUGGAGCUGAAGGGCUGUUCCGAUAUCAGCAACUCUACUUGUCAAUUCCUGUCCACUGGGAACAAAACAGUUGGAGAGUUUGUUUUCAAGUCGGUUGAAUGCACACAGCCCACUGAGACCAACUCGACCAUCACUACCCCCCCAAUCACCAACACUUCCCUCUCCUCUGUUACCCCACCAGGCAUCAACAUUUCUUCCACCUCUGUUACCCAACCAGGCGUCAAGACUUCCCCCAAACCUGUUACUCCACAGGCUAGCAUGGGCAUCAAAGCUUCCUUCACCUCCUCUCUCUUUGGCAGCCUCCUUCUUCUGAAGCUGCUGUUUUGAGGUUCCUGGACUCUGCCCCAUCCAGUGUCCCAUGGGUGUCAACACUUUUCACAUACCUUCCAGGGAGACUGUCCAGUAGGUUGGAAGUCACAGGACUCCAGGCAAUGCUAGCAACCACAGUGUCUCCUUUAUUAAAGUGUUGCUUGAGGU